AUGUCUGUGGGUAGCUUCUCCGAGCUCUCGACGGAGGAGAAACAGGCGCUCUCCCAGGCGCGAGCUUACCACCUCCGUACCGUCCAGUCUCAGUUGAGACAACUCUCGCCAGUGCCGCCGUUCCCGGGCCCGCCCCACCGCCCAGGCGUGCACGUGACGACCAGCCACAGACAGGGCUUCACGCACUACUGCACCGCCAGGCUGUGGAGCAACGAGGAGGCGCUGUACUCACGCGCAGCGCUUCAGCGAUGGUGCGGUGACCUUCACCUCCCGCAUCUCGCGACGAACACUGUUGUCGCGCAGGGACUGACGCGGCCCAUGGCGACGGCGGUGCCUCCUGCUACCGCCGGUGGCCUCCUGCCGCGCAUUCUGAGCGGCGACGCAGGCGCGCGCAUCACGGCCGCGGAGCUGAAGCGCGUCGAGCGCGAGGCGAUCGGUGUGUUCUCGCUAUCGUACCGACACGAAGGCCCGAAGGGGCGGAACAUAUCGGCGAGGCUAUGGACGGAUGUGGUGACGGUGGCGAGCGCGGUCGCAGCGAGCGCGGGGUUCCGCGCGUACUCGCUGUGGAUCGACUGCGUGUCGGCGGCGGCGGCGCAGCGGGACGUGCCCGCGGCGGACUACAUCGACUGGUUCAGUGUGGGCGUGGCACCGUAUCUGCUGCUGCCGGCCCUGCUCGUGGCGACGGGGCGCGACUACCGGAGCAGGACGUGGCUCCGCAUGGAGGAGAAGCUCAGCCAGUACGGCGUGUUCUGCGUCUACGCGCUGCGCAGCGCGGGCGCCAUUGUGCGGCUCGAACCGGGCCCCACCGAGCUGCGCGGCCCGUACGAGCGCAUCUGGUGCCUCUGCCAGAGCGUCGUGCGCGGCGAGUACAACGGCCUGGCCGCCUCGUACCGCGAAGACUACCUCAACCUGCUCGAGUGGGCCACGGAGUUCGACCAGCGCCCGCUCAACUUCCGCGGUUUGCAGCGCGUCUUCGGCGAGCUGGGCCCCACAGCAUUCCGAGAUACGCUCCCUAUCGAGACAGGCAGCUAUGUCGUCCUCCCGCUGCUCCCGCGCAUGCCCUGGCUGCACGGCGCGGAGGCGUUCGCCGGACGGGUCGAAUACGUCGCUGAGAAGGAUGUGCGCCCUGCGGCAACUGCGCGAUGA